AUGGACCAUUUUUCCACGGUGCUGCAGCGACCGCCUCAUUUUGAUGAGGAUGGGAGCAAUGGGGCCGUGGGCGAAGAUCGAGGUCCUCGCGGGGGUCUGCGCGACAUCUUGAACCCCGUGAGCUCGACAACACAGCCGGGAACGCCUGGGGCACCUGCGCCGCCUCGACCGCACUCGUCAUUCAACUUACGAUCCCCGACCCAACAAUCCGAUUACCACCAUCCGAGCGCCUAUGCCGCCUCACCAUCGGCGGCCGCGGGUCAGCCAUCAGGGUCCCGUUCCAUUCUAAACAACCCAUUUGGAUCCACGCCUUCGUCGUCAUUGCCGCCACCAUUGCAAGCUCCACCAAACAUUGUCUCGGCGGCGACAUCAGGCCUGCAGCAUCCGCCGCGGUCACCAUUGCACGCGCCGACGGUAUACUACCCAACGGAAAUUCGCGAUCGCGAUCCGAUACGCGAGAAAUCGAGAACCAGCAGUUUUUACGACCCGACAACCGACGGUAAUCGAGACCGUGAACGCAGGGUUUCAGAAACCGGCUCCUGGCGCUCCAGUGCGCAGGCCUCUCCGCCAAAGGUCCGCGACCCUUACAAUUACUCGCAAUCUUCCACGGAAUACUACAACAACGGGACCUACGCAUCUCCAACGACGACAGCACCUUAUCGUCCGCGCAGUCCCACCACACACCCUCGCCAUUCACCGGCGGUUGGGCCCACCAGUCCAUCGAUCAGACCGCCUGCCAUCGCCUCACCCAGCUUAAGGCAAAUCGCGAUGCCCGGCGCGACCACCAACGGGACAUCGGUCCUGCCCGCCCUGGCACGGACCGAGUCUCCGGCACCUCCCUCUAGAACCCCUGCCUCAGGUACCCCAAGUCGGGCUGCGGGCGUUAUGUCUUUUUCCAACAUCCUUUCGAGUUCCGAGCCCGUCUCUAAACCCCGGCCGACUUCACAACCAGUCCCUGCCGACGACACUGUGAUCGCCGUAGACAAGUUGGAGAGGACGGACAAGGAGAAGAAACACCACCGAAAGAGCAUGAAGACAUCACGCAUCUCGGACAUUAGGAGCAUCGAGUCGACCCCCAAGAUACCCCGUAGGCCUGCCCAGCCGAAGGCCGACACCCCUUCUUCAACACGAGUACCGGCCAAAAGAUCGGCAAAUGGCCUCCCGAAGCACAAGGUCUUUUCGGCUGAGAAGGAAAAGAAGAUUCGAGAGCUCAUGGAACAGCUUGACUUCGAAGACGUGGAUGCGACCGAUUUCGACGACGAGCUGCACGCCUGGAAGGAGCGUGCCCAGCGUCGCCGACAAGAAAUGAAUCGGCGAGAUAUGACCUACCGACAAGCCCGGCGAAACGACUACGCUCAGCUCGAGGCCGACAAGCUCCAGUCACAUGCCGACUUUGGCAAAGGCCGGUACUACGAGAUCAACUACGACGAAGCGUUGAACGAAGUCAGAGAGCAAGAGCUCUUCGCCGAGAAGGAGCGGAAGAAAGAUAUGCAGCGUAAGAGGCGUCGUGAGAAAUCCAUGGCGACAACGAUGGACCAGCGGGCGGCGGCCCUGGCGAGAGCUUCUGCUGCCCAAGACGAGGCUGAGAGGCAAAAGUAUAUGCGGGAGGCCGAGCGUGCAAAUAAGAAAGUACAGCAGACCAAGUACAUCCUGCAGAAAGGGCUGAAGGGCCCCGCUCGCAAUAUGGGCCCGAUCGAACCGAAUCUCGAGGGCGGCACCAUGGCCACCUUCUCAGCCGAGAACAUGGAGCCGGGCAAGACGAAGGGCAAAGGCCGCGCUGGAGGCAGGCUCAAGAAGUCAAAGGAACAGAAGCAAGCGGAGAAGGAGUCGGCAGAGGCUGCACAGGCCGCCUUGGAUGCCGGCGAGGAGCUCCCGAGCAGGGAAGAAACUGCCAAGAUCCGCAUCAAGUUCAGCAAGUCGAAGGGCGGGAAGGACGAUGCUGACAAGGAGAACAAGGAGCCGAAGGAUUCCAAAGACAAGGAGAAGGCCACGGAGGAGCCCAAGGACCCGCUCGAGACGAGAUUCCAGUCCAAGGGUUUCAACCAGAUCUACGACCAGAUUUGGCGUGACCUGGCUCGAAAGGAUGUGAACAAGGUCUUUAGGCUGGCUACUGAUUCGUAUUCGACCAAGGCAUCCAACCUUAAGAAAACGGCUAUUCUGGCGUCCAAGGAAGCGAAACGAUGGCAACUCCGAACCAACAAGGGCACCAAGGACUUGCAAGCACGCGCUAAGCGUGUUAUGCGUGACAUGAUGGGCUUCUGGAAACGGAAUGAGCGCGAGGAACGUGAUCUGCGCAAGGCUGCCGAGAAGCAGGAGCUCGAGAACGCUCGUAAAGAGGAAGCCGACCGCGAAGCAGCCCGCCAGAAGAGGAAGCUCAACUUCCUGAUCUCACAGACCGAGCUGUACUCUCACUUUAUCGGCAAGAAGAUCAAAACCAACGAGGUCGAACGCAGCACCGACCAUCCCGACGUGGCGAAGGACGAUAAGGACAAAAUUCCGGAUCAGGAGUUGGAUGUCGAGGAGCCCACAGGACCCGUUGGCAGCAAGGUCACAAAUUUCGAGAACCUGGAUUUCGAUGCCGAGGACGAGUCGGCCCUCCGUGCUGCCGCCAUGGCCAAUGCCCAGAAUGCCAUCGCCGAGGCGCAGAAGAAGGCACGCGACUUCAACAAGGACGAUAACAACAUUGACGAAGAUGGCGAGAUGAAUUUCCAGAACCCCACUGGCAUGGGCGACGUCGAGAUCGAGCAACCGAAGCUCCUCAACUGUCAGCUUAAAGAAUACCAGCUCAAAGGCCUUAACUGGCUGGUCAACCUGUACGAACAAGGCAUCAACGGCAUCCUCGCCGACGAGAUGGGUCUCGGCAAGACAGUCCAAUCCAUUUCCGUCAUGGCCUACCUGGCAGAGAAGUACGACAUUUGGGGCCCCUUCCUCGUCGUUGCCCCUGCAUCGACCUUGCACAACUGGCAACAGGAAAUUACACGGUUCGUUCCCGAGUUCAAGGUGCUCCCUUACUGGGCUUGUCGUCUCCGAUGUCGCAUACUUCCAGAAGAUGAAGUGGCAGUACAUGAUCUUGGACGAGGCGCAGGCCAUCAAGAGCUCCCAGAGCUCCCGUUGGAAAUGCCUGCUGGGCUUCCAUUGCCGCAACAGGUUGCUGCUGACGGCGAGUGGUUCUCCAAGGAUAUCGAGUCACAUGCCCAGAGCAACACCAAACUAAACGAGGACCAGCUCAAGCGUCUGCACAUGAUCCUGAAGCCAUUCAUGCUUCGUCGUGUCAAGAAGCAUGUCCAGAAGGAACUGGGUGACAAAAUCGAGCUGGAUGUGUUCUGCGAUCUCACCUACCGCCAGCGGGCGAUGUACUCGAACCUGCGCAACCAGAUCAGCAUCAUGGAUCUGAUUGAGAAGGCAACCCUUGGUGAUGACGACUCCGCUAGUCUCAUGAAUCUCGUCAUGCAGUUCCGCAAGGUCUGCAACCAUCCGGACCUGUUCGAGCGUGCCGAUACCUCUUCGCCCUUUUCAUGCGGCUACUUUGCAGAGACGGCCUCAUUUGUUCGGGAGGGCACGAAUGUUAGCGUGGGUUAUUCGACGCGGAGUCUGGUCGAGUACGAGUUACCCCGUCUUGUGUGGCGAGACGGUGGACGCCUACACAAGGCUGGGCCCGACAAUCUUACUGCUGGCUUCCGCAGCAGGUAUCUGGAACAGAUGAUGAAUAUCUGGACACCUGAGAACAUCCAGGACAGUCUGGGCGGAACCGACAACUUCACAUGGCUCCGCUUUGCCAACACCAGCCCGCAGGAAGUCUACAGGGCCAGUCAUCAGGAUGUUUUCGCUCGUGCAACCGACCUGGCCGCCAAGAAGGACCGACUGGGAGCCAUGAAGGUUGUUUAUAGCGAACCUGAGGACCAGAACUGGACUCCCUCGCAUGCCCUGUUUCAGAUCUGCAAGCGCGAAGAUCGCAAGCCGUUGGCUGAGAUUACCGAAGAAGGCGUGCUUGGCAGCCUCAUGAACGUGGCCCGUUCGACGUACGAUGAUCUUGGGCUCGGUCGCCUUGAACAAGCUGCGCGCUCGCGCGCAACGGCUCCACCGAUUGAAGUUUCUUGCAACAGUCGCGGUUCUGUUAUCGAGUAUGAGAAUAUCUUGUUUAAUCCUCAGAUGCGCAAGGCGCUGUAUGGACCCACACCUCCAGAAGCGAAGGCCUUUGUCACGCAAAAGAUGCCCGUCGAGUUUUACCCGACGCCUGCUCUGCUGCCGGCACCGGACAACGAGAAGCAGAAGUUCACCAGCAUUACGGUGCCGUCCAUGCACCGCUUCGUUACCGACUCCGGCAAGCUUGCCAAGUUAGACGAACUCCUACGCCAGUUGAAGGAAGGCGGGCAUCGUGUCCUAUUGUAUUUCCAGAUGACCCGCAUGAUCGACAUGAUGGAGGAGUACCUGACGUACCGCAACUACAAGUACUGCCGGCUGGAUGGUUCCACCAAACUCGAAGACAGGCGCGACACGGUUGCCGACUUCCAAACCCGGCCCGAGAUUUUUAUCUUCUUGCUCUCGACUCGCGCAGGCGGUCUCGGCAUCAACCUCACGACGGCCGAUACUGUCAUCUUCUACGACUCGGAUUGGAACCCGACAAUCGACUCGCAAGCCAUGGACCGUGCGCAUCGUCUUGGUCAAACCAAACAAGUCACCGUCUACCGACUCAUCACGCGCGGCACGAUCGAAGAGCGGAUCCGCAAACGGGCAAUGCAGAAGGAAGAAGUGCAGCGCGUUGUCAUCACCGGCGGGUCCUCGGCGGCUGGUGGAGGAGUCGACUUCUCGGGCCGUAGGGCGCCCGAGAACCGCAACCGCGACAUCGCGAUGUGGCUCGCCGACGACGAGCAGGCCGAGCUCAUCGAACGGCGCGAGAAGGAGCUACUCGAGAGCGGCGAGUACGACAAGAUACAAAAGAAGCGUGGCGGUGGCAAGCGCAAACGUGGUGGCGAAGCUGCGGCCUCGGCUGCGGCAGCAUCGGUCAGCCUGGAUGAGAUGUACCACGAGGGCGAAGGCAACUUUGAUGACAACAAGGGCUCGGGCACGGCGACACCCACGGGCGGCGGCGGUGACGACGGGCGCGGUGGCAAGCGCAAGAAGAUGGGCAGCAAGAAAGCCAAAACUACCAAGCAGCGGCUGGCGAUCGCAGACGGCGAGAUCUAG